ACUCCGCCGCCGCUCCCUCUCCCAUUCCCCUUCGCCAAACCCACGCGACCGGGAGAGCGCAGCGCAGAGAGCACCGCCACCGCCGAGAGGAUUGGCCCAGCCGAGCAAACCCUCCAAAUCUCGGCGGCAAUGGCGCUCUCCGACCGCUCCCGCGAGUCGCUCCUCCCGAGCUUCCUCUACGCCCCGUCGGCGGCGCGGUCCUUCGCCGGCGCCUCCCGCUUUCCCUCCUCGCCCGCCGCGGCCCCGGGAAGCGGUGGUGCCCCGUCGUUCCCGAUCCAGGCGCCCAAGGAGAAGAUCGAGAUGUACUCGCCGGCGUUCUACGCCGCCUGCACGGCCGGAGGCAUCGCCAGCUGCGGGCUCACCCACAUGGCCGUCACGCCGCUCGACCUCGUCAAGUGCAACAUGCAGAUCAAUCCAGCGAAAUACAAGAGCAUCACAUCUGGGUUUGGAGUUCUAGCCCAGGAGCAAGGAGUGAGGGGCUUCUUCAGGGGAUGGGUGCCCACCCUGCUUGGUUACAGUGCUCAGGGAGCUUGCAAGUUUGGAUUCUAUGAGUUCUUCAAGAAGUACUACUCAGAUAUUGCAGGGCCUGAGUAUGCUCAGAAAUACAAGACCUUGAUAUACCUUGCUGGAUCGGCUUCUGCUGAGGUGAUUGCUGAUGUGGCUCUCUGCCCCUUCGAAGCUGUGAAGGUCCGUGUGCAGACACAGCCUGGUUUCGCUCGUGGGCUCAGUGAUGGGCUUCCUAAGUUCAUUAGAUCUGAGGGUGCCCUGGGGCUUUACAAGGGAAUUGUCCCUCUCUGGGGUCGUCAGAUUCCUUAUACAAUGAUGAAGUUUGCGUCAUUUGAGACCAUUGUUGAACUUAUCUACAAGCAUGCUGUUCCUGUUCCGAAGUCAGAGUGUAGCAAAUCUUUCCAGUUGGGUAUCAGCUUUGCUGGUGGCUAUGUUGCUGGUGUCUUCUGCGCCAUUGUUUCUCACCCGGCAGAUAACUUGGUCUCUUUCCUGAACAAUGCUAAGGGUGCUACAGUGGGUGAUGCUGUUAAGAAGCUUGGCCUCUGGGGUCUCUUCACUCGUGGUCUACCCCUUCGUAUUGUCAUGAUCGGUACUCUUACUGGAGCUCAGUGGGGAAUUUAUGAUGCAUUCAAAGUCAUGGUUGGAUUGCCUACUACUGGUGGUGUUACGCCUGCACCAGCCCCUACCACAGAGGAGGCUGCGUUGAAGGCCAGUGCCUGAUCCUUCAUAUUAAGACAACUAGAAUGCAUUGAUCAUUCUUUACCGAUGACAAAUUUUCCAAUUACAUGAGUUCAACCUUGUGUUCUAAAUUUUUGAGAGGAUGGCUGUCAUCCUUCAGACGAGAGGAACUCGCUAAACUGGUGAUCAUAGUUUUUUGCCCAAGUGUAACCCUAGUGCUUGAUGAUAUAUAAUAAGUUUUAGGUUCGCAUCACUGUUAGGAGCCCAGGUUUUGCUAUCACCUGUGCCAUGGUUUAUUCUCAUUACAGUACCUUUCAUAUGCUGCUGAUUUUGUGGUAUCACUGGUCAUCCAUGUGAAUGAGUUGAUGACAACCGUUCAAGCUCC